AUCAUAACCACGUAAGUUUGAUGUUCUAAUUCCACACCUACAUACACGACUCAUCUGUUGAUAUCCCGCAUAUGGAUUCUGUCCCUACACUAAUCCGGCUUGACUAUUCUCUCGUUUCCGCAGUGACUGACAUUACCGGCCCGUUCCCCAGCUGACCGUGUCACCAACCGUGCUCUCGGAGCUCCGCCAGAUGGUGACGAUGAUGAUGCCGCGAGCCCGAUCCCAUAUAACUGCUAGAGCAGCGAUUAUCAACCCAAUCGAUUGGUUUUUGCAACAUGCCAGCUGCGGUACCCCCUUCCGGAAUUUACGUGCCUGCUGUCUUGUUCUUCAAAGAGAACGAGGACUUUGAUGUCCCUGCUAUAAAGUCUCAUGUUUUGCGGCUCGCUCAGGGAGGUGUUACAGGUAUUGUCGUGCAGGGAAGCAAUGGAGAGGCUCAACAUUUGUCACAUGACGAGCGUAAAGAGGCGAUCAGCCUUACUCGAAAGACGCUGGAUGAAAACGGCUUCCAGAACGUUGUUAUCAUUGCAGGCUGCGGUGCCCAAUCUGCACGAGAGACGAAGAAGCUCUGCGCAGAUGCAAAGGAUGCUGGUGCUGCCUUUGUACUCGUGUUGACACCUUCCGUCUGGCCUGGAGAUAUGACGAAAGAGAACAUCAUCCGUUACCAUCGUGAAGUUGCAGAUUAUUCACCUUUGCCGUACAUGGUGUACAACUUCCCAACUGUCACUGCUGGUAUCGACCUGGACUCCGAUAUCAUCCUCACACUCUCAGAGCACCCCAAUAUUGUGGGCACUAAGUUAUCUUGCGGAAACAUUGGAAAGCUCCACCGAAUCACUGCUGUCAAGCCGCCUUCCGAAUUUUGCACUCUUGCUGGUGUAUCAGAGGUCCUCUUACAAGGACUCCUCUCUGGAAGUGCUGGCGCAAUUGCUGCGUUGCCGAACCUCGUGCCUAAGCUACACAUGAAGAUGUACGCACUUUACCAGGCAGGAAAGAUCGAGGAGGCUAUGAAAAUUCAAGCUCAACUAGGUCAGGGAGAUUGGGCAACACGCAAGGCUGGAGGAGUUGGUGCUAUGAAGGCCUUGAUAUCCGAGCAUUUCGGAUAUGGAGAAAUUCACGUUCGACGGCCGCUUAUGGCUGUUGCACAACUUAGCGGUACGCAUGUCGAUAAACUGGAGGAACUGAUUGCCAGUGAGAAGACGUUGUAAGAUAUAACAUACUUUUGUAUUACGAUUAUCGCAUGCCAGCUGGCGCAGUCCAAGUUUGCCUACUAUUCAUCAUGAAAACACAACGAUGUGAUAAUGUCAUUCAUCC